CGGUGUCCAGCGGUCAACGUUACGUGAUAACCAGCACCUGGAUCCGGGAGGAAAGAAGAGACGAGCAGCCUGCCUCCCUCCUCUGUCUGUCUGUAUCUACGGAAAUGAGCGGCACCGUGGCCAUGGAGGCCUCAAGGAGACGAACCCAGCACAGCGCCAAUGGGAAAGCAUCUGAACAGGGGGAGCAGCCGGCACAGUGGGGGAGAGCAUGGGAGGUGGACUGGUUCUCCCUGAUCAGCGUGAUCGGCCUCCUCUGCUUCGCCCCCUUCAUCGUCUUCUACUUUGUGAUGGCCUGCGACCAGUACCAGUGCUCCGUCAGCCAGCCCCUGUUGGAGUUGUUCCGAGGAGAGACCACGCUGCUGUCCAUCUGGGCCCGGGCACCCUCAUUCACCUGGUCAGCUGCCAAGAUAUACGCCAUCUGGGUGGCCUUCCAGGUGUUCCUGUAUAUGUGUGUUCCUGAUGUGACCCAUAAGUUUAUUCCUGGCUACAUCGGUGGAGUGCAGGACGGAGCACGAACUCCUGCUGGCCUGAUUAACAAGUACGAGAUCAACGGGCUGCAGUGUUGGCUAAUCACUCACGCUCUGUGGUACGCCAACGCCCAACAUUUCCACUGGUUCUCUCCCACCAUCGCCUUCGACAACUGGAUCCCCCUGAUGUGGUGCGCUAACAUACUGGGCUACGCCGUGUCCAGCUUCGCUUUCAUUAAAGCCUACCUCUUCCCCACCAACUCUGAAGACUGCAAGUUCACAGGGAACGUCUUCUACAACUACAUGAUGGGCAUCGAGUUCAACCCGCGCGUUGGCAAGUGGUUCGACUUCAAGCUCUUCUUCAACGGCCGGCCCGGCAUCGUGGCCUGGACCCUCAUCAAUCUGUCCUUCAUGGCCAAGCAGCAGGAGCUGUACGGCCAUGUCACCAACUCCAUGAUCCUGGUCAACGUGCUACAGGCCAUUUAUGUGUUGGAUUUCUUCUGGAACGAGGCGUGGUACCUGAAGACCAUUGAUAUCUGCCAUGACCACUUUGGAUGGUAUCUGGGCUGGGGAGACUGUGUGUGGCUGCCAUACCUCUACACACUGCAGGGUCUGUACCUGGUGUACCACCCAGUCCAGCUGUCCAACGGCCAUGCCCUGGCUGUGCUGUUGCUCGGCCUGGUCGGGUAUUACAUCUUCCGCUCCACCAACCACCAGAAGGACCUGUUCCGGCGCACGAAGGGGUCCUGUUCCAUCUGGGGUAGGAAGCCGGCGUACAUCGAGUGCGCCUACCGCUCGGCCGACGGCGGCGCCCACCGCAGCAAGCUGCUGACCUCGGGGUUCUGGGGAUUGGCCCGCCACCUCAACUACACGGGCGACCUGAUGGGCUCGCUGGCCUACUGCGCCGCCUGCGGCUUCGGCCACGUCCUCCCGUACUUCUACAUCGUUUACAUGACCAUCCUGCUGGUGCACCGCUGCGUGCGUGACGAGCACCGCUGCGGCAGCAAGUACGGGAAGGACUGGAAGCGCUACACGGACGCUGUGCCUCACCGACUAAUUCCUGGGGUGUUUUAGAGUGGGAGGAGGGGGGAGACGGAGAGGUAGGGUGGGAGCUGAGAUUACAAUAGAUACAGUAUUAGAGUUAACACCACAUUUCAUACAUUCUGAAAGUUUCAUGUAUUUCCAGAAUCAGGACGAGAUCUGUUCUGUAGUGGACUGUUCUCUACGACCCCUCCGUUCAGGUUUGAGGACGUGUUGGUCUCGUGCCACUGGUCGGGGGAACUCAUUUGGCAGAUGCUCCUUUGCUUCUUAUUAGAGGGGAGCAGCAAAGAACCUACGUGGUUGUGGGCUGGAGGAUCUAAUCAUUCCACACCAUGCUGUGACAUUUCCAUCGUGCAUUUUGUCUGUUUCACAGUCAUUUAUCAUGUUCCAGUUUCUCAAAUCGGAGAAUUUGAUGUUUUCCUGUUUUAUAUCUUUGUACAAUCAUCACCUGUCAGGAUUCUUUUUGGCUGCUGUUGAUGAAAGACACAUUUGAUGAUGUCACUUAGCACUCAGGUAGCCUAUGACGAGGGCUGUCCAUUACUCUCUGCAUUCUUAGACUAAAUGAGUGAUUAUAAAUGAAUGGGAGAUAUAUUUAUUAUUCAAUCUGUCUAUAAUGUUUUGUUAUCGCCAGACUGAACCAAAUGUGAUUGUUGGCUCUGCUGACAAGACCUGCCUCAUUAAAAAAGUGAUGUAAUCUUUGUUUAAAUGUUGUCUGAAUGCUGCGAUUGAUUCACUCAGUCCUUUUCAUAACUAACUGCCGGUGAAUGUUACGAGAGAUUUGGGUUAAGUUUGAUAAUUGCUUGUCUUGUUUCCUUCAUUGUGGUUGAGAGCAGCAUGUUCACGUAAAUCAGCCUCAUUAUUGACUCAUAAAAACACUGAAAUGUAACAGCAACAAUGGUUUCUGAACAGUUUAGAGUAUUUUGUUCUGAAACGUAAUGUUUACAAGUUAGUUGGAUCGUUGUAUUUGCUUUGUGUUGAACCAACAUGUUGAGUGGAUCAUGCCGUGUCUAAGUUCUAUGCUGAUAGAAAUGUCCAACCAUCAUGUCUGUUAGUAUUUCCUAAUGCCAGCACUGCCUUUCUUAUAGCAAUAAAGUAAAAAAAAAAAAUGGUUUUGUUUUGACU